UAUUGUAGGAAAAUGGAGUGCUGAAUCAACAUACUGUCAGUAUCUACUACACAAUCAAGUGGCUUGUAACGCCUCACACUUCACUCUCGUCUCUUCACUGUAAUCGGAACCCAAAACCUCCUUCUCUACCCAUCCAUCAAUGGCUGCCACCAGACUCAUGGUGUCAACAACCAACAUCGGCACAUCAUCUUCACUACUCUUCAAAGCCGCCGCCUCCCCAUUCUUCAAACCUCGCCAUUUCAGCCUUUGCUUCAAUAACACCACCAAAUUAGUUUCGAAGAAGAGGAGUUUCACUUGUUCGGCUCUUUACAGGCCUGAUUUCCAGAUCAAGGAGGAAGGAACGCCCGAAACCCUAGAUUACAGAGUUUUCUUCGUCGAUAAUUCCGGCAAAAAGAUUUCACCAUGGCAUGAUAUACCAUUGCAUGUUGGUGAUGGAACAUUCAAUUUUAUUGUUGAAAUUCCAAAAGAAUCAAGUGCAAAAAUGGAGGUUGCUACUGAUGAAAUCUUCACACCCAUUAAGCAAGAUACAAAAAAAGGGAAACUUAGAUACUACCCGUACAAUAUUAACUGGAAUUAUGGAUUGCUUCCACAAACAUGGGAAGAUCCAUCAUUUGCAAAUCCUGAUGUUGAUGGAGCAUUUGGAGACAAUGAUCCAGUUGAUGUGGUUGAAAUUGGUCAAACUCGUGGGAACAUUGGUCAACUUAUGAAAGUCAAACCUUUAGGUUGUCUAGCUAUGAUUGAUGAAGGAGAACUGGAUUGGAAAAUUGUUGCAAUCUCAUUGGAUGAUCCAAAAGCUUCACUUGUUAAUGACAUUGAUGAUGUCGAGAAGCAUUUUCCGGGCACACUUACCGCAAUUAGAGAUUGGUUUAGAGACUACAAGAUUCCUGAUGGGAAGCCUGCCAAUAACUUUGGUCUUGGCAACAAAGCAGCUAAUAAGGCAUACGCGUUGAAAGUGAUCACGGAGACAAAUGAGUCAUGGGCUAACCUAGUCAAGAGAUCAACUCCAGCUGGGGAGCUUUCGCUUGUGUAGCAUUAGUAAAUGCAAAAUUUCUAAAGAUUUUCAAGUUAGAAUGAGACAUUUUAAGCAAAUUUUUUUCAUAAAUCAAAGAUUUCAUUUGGUAUGAAAUGAAAUUCAAGAGCUACUUUUGCAUAUUUCAUACAUGACAACUUAAGAACUCUCGAUGUCUUAUUUGGCACCUUUUUUUUCCCGUUCAAAAUUGCUCGACUUGAAACUUA